AUGGUGGAAUAUACCAGUUGCUCUGUGGGAGAUUUGCAAUUAGAUGCCAGAUGGUGGGUCAUCACGGGACUCCAUGGCAACACGUGCCCGCACAGGGACUGGGGCCGCGAUCAAAGGCUACAACACAGAACGACCCCCGAGAGGGCUCUGACGUGGCCAGCCACCCCCGCGGCCGCAGGGCUCUUGCCCGGCCGACUGGUCCCCAGAGGGUUGCGGAGACGCGCGAGGAAACGGGGUGAGACUCAGACCUGCACAGCCCGCGGGUCCUCACGGUCCUCCACGCGCUUCCGCUCCGCCGACUCCGCGGCGCGCGCCGGGCCCCGAUUGCAAACGGACCGGCGGAGCGCUUUCCGAGGACACCGGAGGGAGGAGCCAGGCCGCUCGGAGGACUGUUGCUUGGGCGCUGCGCAGUCCCGGGGCAGAGGCCCGUGGGCCCCUGAGGCUCCAUCUCGAUGUGCCAGCAGCUAUCAGGACCUCAGCUCGAAGGCCUUUGGAGCUAUCUGGGUCCUCAGCCAGCCAUGCUACCGCAGGCCUCAGAUGAGACCAGAGAAGGCUGAUGAUUGGCCAAAGGAAAUGCAUAUAAGUCAAGAUGAAAAAUUGGAGCAGAGUCUAAACAAUAUAAAGGAAGAUUGCACGUAUAUUUCAGUUUAUACGCAUUUAUGGCAAAAUGUCUCUCGUAUAUUUGAAGCAGUCUUGAACAUGCAGUCAAGAAUAGAAGAAUGUUCAUCUGUUUUGAAAAGCCAUGCAUCCAGAUUGUUUGAUUGGGGUGACAUGAUCUUGCCAACAACUCCUCUUAGACAAAUGGGAAGACAUGAGAUGUUUGUGAAGGACUGCUUUAAGACAAAGAAGAUAAUGCUUUCAAAAGACAUGGAGACAAAGAAGAAUAUAGAGGGCUACAGCUUCUCAGGAUUUAAAGCAAAUGAACUUACUCAACUACCCAGACAUUUGGAUGCUGAACAAAUUUUUCUUUUUAUAUUAAAAGCGCAUGACUUUGAUGAAAAUACUUUCAAAAUCUGGAAGGCUCAUUUUCUCUCAGAUGCCUCUAUUGCUCUUUUACAUGAUUCCUUUUGGUGGUGGUUUCUCUAUAAAUUUAAGGUGUAUCCUGAUUGUUUGGCACAAUGUAUCUAUGCAACAUUUCAGGAAGCAUUUCCAGAAUCCAGUGACCUCUUUAAUGAUGAAUUUAAAGAGGAUCUAGGCAAUAAUAUUUAUCUUUGGUUGUCAGGCCUAAAACCUCCAAAGGGCUUUUGGACCCACUGGAAACUGAAAAGACUUGCCACAACAACCAUACAUGGCAGCAAGAAAAUACCUCAAAGAUCUCUAAAAGAAAUAAUUGCCAAAAAUCGAGAGCGCAUAUUAGCGAGUAAGCAAAAUUAUUUUAAGUUACAGAAUGGAAUAAACAGCUGGAAUCAAUAUAGUGCAUGGUCUCUCUUGGCAGAUAUUCCAUAUGCAGUUGUGAAAAAUGUUUCUUUUGAAGGGCUUUGUGGUUUUCUAAAAGAAAUAUUUCAAGUUAAAAUUAGUUGA